UUACCGGUCCUAAAAGAAGUCUGUGUGUGAUUUAAAUAUGGAGAUCUGUGACUGUAAUAAACCGCUGUGUUUGUGAUUAUAGAAAUAUUUAUUUUUUGAUUUGGUAAAAGUGUUGUGGUAUGACUGCAAUCGCUGUGGGAUUUAUGAUGGUUUUUUUUCGGCUUAAUUCUGACCUACUGCUAAAUCUAUAUAGUUUUGUCAAAUGUGUUCUAGGGUGACACAUCAAAGUGAUCCUGUAGAUUUAUCAAUUUGGUUUUAUGUUGCAUGGCAGACUGCAUUUCAGAAAGAAGUUUAAGUCCAAUUCUUUUAAAUGAUACUUUCCCUACUGCUCCUUCUCCUAGAAUUUUUCAAGAAUGCCUACAUUAGCUUAUCAUACUUCACAAGUAUUUUUUUUUUUUUUUUUAGAAUUUACCAUUUUUUUACACAAUUUUACGACCUGAUCCCUGAAACAAAAGGGGUAAGGCAAAGGGAAGUGAGGAGGAUUCCUGGAUUCCCGAACGCUGUUACACGAACGGCAACAACAACAAACCGUUCGGAACCGUUGCUUGCGCCCGGGGCCAGGGCAUAUUGACAUAAAAAGUCUAAAACCCUAUAAUGAAGUAAGACGAAGCAGGAGAACUUUUCAGAGCUUGUGGAAUUGGUCUAAAAACCUGUAACAAGAAAGAAAAAGAAGAAGAAAAAGAGCUUGAGGAAGAAAACUGGUGCUGCAAUUUUCCCUUCUGUUCAAACCUGAUUCAUAACAAGGAUGGCUGAUGGUGAAGUUGUUGAAGAUUUUUAUGGAGUUUACUUGUUGUACUGCAUAAAUCCACAGUACAAAGGACGUACAUAUAUUGGCUUUACUGUUGACCCCAAUCGCCGUAUCAAGCAGCACAACAAAGGUGUUAGGGCAGGAGGUGCAUAUAAAACCAGUAACAGGGGGCCAUGGGAAAUGGUUCUUAUUGUCCAUGGAUUUCCAAAUGACAUAUCUGCGCUCAGAUUUGAAUGGGCCUGGCAGCAUCCAGAAAGAAGUCGUCGGUUGAGAGGUAUGGGCCGUAAAAAAGCAAAAGAAACAAAAUAUGAAUAUUGUCUACGGAUUCUGGCAACUAUGUUACAAACUAAACCUUGGUCUCGCCUGCCUCUUACACUUAGGUGGCUCAAACAACAGUACUUCAAAGAAUUUCCUGCAGGGAUGGAGGCCCCCAAUCACAUGCCAAUUGCUUAUGGUCCAGUAAAACCUGCAAAGGUUAGAAAGAAUGAAGAGGAACAAGAAAUUGAAGUUUUGGAGGUGACAUGCUUGCUGUGUGAUGAUGCAGUGACACAAACAGAAAGGAUGAGAUGUUUAUCUACCUCUUGUCAAUUAAAUGCUCAUGUCAGAUGCCUUGCACAACAUAUGCUACGUGGAGAACCACCAGGGACUCUGCUUCCUCUAGAAGGCCCAUGUCCAAGCUGUGGGUCUGUAUUGCUAUGGGGUGACCUUGUAAGACUGAAGCGUGGAUGCUAUCAGCAAGAAGAGGAGGAAGUGGAAGAUCAUUGGGUUGAGACUUUAAGUCAGGCUGUAUAAAUGAAAUCACAAUGUUGUUUAUAUGAGCAGUGCUUCUUAGCUAUUCCCAUGGUAUGCUGUUUGGAUAUUAAUGGCACUGUGUCAAGUAUGGAGAGUCACCAAGUGCAGAAGUUUCAUGUGCCUGGAUGCUGGAAUUGGAUUAUUUUUCAAUGAGCAGUGCCCAUAGAUUUUACACAUAAUUUUAAAAAUCAUAAUAUUUGAUAUAUUUAUAAUUCUUUUAUCUGAAUAUAAUGUGUAUGUGUGUGUGUAAUUUUCUGACUUUCUGUAAAUCUGUUUUUAAUCGAUAUAUUUUUAUGUGAUAUUAUAUAUUUCAGUAGAAAAUUCA